GGCCGGGGCCGUGGCGCCAAAACGCGAACAUGGCGCCGGAGCGGUUGCGGAGCCGGGCCCUCUCUGCCUUCAAGCUGCGCGGCUUGCUACUCAGAGGUGAAGCUAUUAAGUACCUCACAGAAGCUCUUCAGUCUGUCAGUGAAGUAGAGCUUGAAGAUGCACUGGAAAAGAUCAUUGAUGCAGUUGAAAAGCAGCCCUUGUCAUCCAACAUGAUUGAACGAUCUGUAGUGGAGGCAGCAGUCCAGGAAUGCAGUCAGUCGGUAGAUGAAACUAUAGAACAUAUUUUCAAUAUCAUAGGAGCAUUUGAUAUUCCACGCUUUGUGUACAAUUCAGAAAGAAAAAAAUUUCUUCCUCUAUUAAUGACCAACCACCCAAAACCAAAUUUAUUUGGAACAGCAAGAGAUAAAGCAGAGCUGUUUCGUGAACGCUACACCAUUUUGCACCAGAGGACCCACAGACAUGAAUUAUUUACUCCUCCAGUGAUAGGUUCUCAUCCUGAUGAAAGUGGAAGCAAAUUCCAGCUUAAAACAAUAGAAACCCUAUUGGGCAAUACAACCAAAAUUGGAGAUGUAAUUGUUCUUGGAAUGAUAACACAGUUAAAAGAGGGAAAAUUUUUUCUGGAAGAUCCGACGGGCACGGUACAACUGGAUCUUAGUAAAGCUCAGUUCCACAGUGGUUUAUACACAGAGUCAUGCUUUGUCUUAGCAGAAGGUUGGUUUGAAGAUCAAGUGUUUCAUGUCAAUGCCUUUGGAUUUCCACCCACUGAGCCUUCUAGCACUACUAGGGCAUACUAUGGAAAUAUUAAUUUUUUUGGAGGGCCUUCUAAUACAUCUGUAAAGACUUCUGCAAAACUGAAACAACUAGAAGAUGAGAAUAAAGAUUCCAUGUUUGUGUUUAUAUCUGAUGUUUGGUUAGAUCAAGCAGAGGUGCUGGAAAAACUUCACACCAUGUUUUCUGGUUAUUCACCAGCACCUCCAACCUGCUUUAUUCUGUGUGGCAAUUUUUCAUCUGCACCAUAUGGAAAAAAACAAGUUCAAGCUUUGAAAGAUUCCCUAAAAACGUUGGCAGACAUAAUAUGUGAAUAUCCCAAUAUUCACCAAAGUAGUCGUUUUGUGUUUGUACCUGGUCCAGAGGAUCCUGGAUUUGGUUCUAUCUUACCAAGGCCACCGCUUGCUGAAAGCAUUACUAAUGAAUUCAGGCAAAGAGUGCCAUUUUCGGUUUUUACUACUAAUCCUUGCAGAAUUCAGUAUUGUACACAAGAAAUUAUUGUCUUUCGUGAAGACUUAGUGAAUAAAAUGUGCAGAAACUGUGUCCGUUUUCCUAGUAGCAAUUUGGAUAUUCCUAAUCAUUUUGUGAAGACUAUCUUAUCCCAAGGACACCUGACUCCACUACCCCUCUAUGUCUGCCCAGUGUACUGGGCAUAUGACUAUGCUUUGAGAGUGUACCCUUUGCCUGAUGUACUUGUCAUUGCAGACAAAUAUGAUCCUUUCACUUUGACCAAUACCGAAUGCCUCUGCAUAAACCCACAAACUUCAAGGUUUUUGAGAUUCUUGAACACCAUUGAAGAAACAAAACUCAUCGAUUUUCUGCUUAAUUUUAUAUUUUAUGUAACUCUGAUAUUAGGUUAUAAUAAAAUUAUGGUAAACAUUAGAAUGUUGUUUAAAUUUAUAUUUUAUGAGAUUUUGAUACUAUAAUAAACAUGAUGGCAUACUUUAUAAGGUUUUAUAGGAAAAAUAUUUUCUAAUCUUUUAAAAAUAUGAAAAUAUGUAUAAAGAUGUAAUCUAGUUAUACAUUUGCACCUAAAAACUGAUCUUUUAUUAUUUCUAUACUGGUCAUUUUAAUA